AUGAUCACCAUUCGACUUCUCUCCACACGGCCUGCGCCAGUGUCGUUUGUCAGUGGAUUGCUCGCCCGUCACGCGCUGCUCCGCCUGCACGCGAUAUUUGCUUUGGCUGCACGGCUCUUUUGCCAUGUUGAUCCAAGGGCCAGAACGCUAUUGAUCGAUCAGAUCUGCACAUGA